AUGUUUGCUGAAUGGAUAAAGAAGUACGGAAACAUUGUCGGGUUCUACAACGGCGCCAUUCCUUUUCUCCUCGUGAAUGACCGCGAGCUGCUGAAGAGAGUAGAAAUCGAAGAUUUCCAUAAUUUCGCCGAGCGAGGGAAUAUCAUCGAGGUCCAGUCUGUGCCCAACAUCCGACAGACGCUCAUCGUCAGUGCACCGGUGAACCGAUGGCGCGAAAUGCGGGCCGUACUCAGUCCGGCGUUCACCACCAAGAAGUUGUCGCAGAUCUUUGUCAUCAUGGAUGAGUGUAGCGACACCAUGAUCGAGCUACUCCACCGGAAGGCGGAGGCGAGCGAGGCCGUUGAGGUGUCGAAGUGCUUCAGGAGGACCACCAUGGACACUAUGUUCAAGGCUGGCUACGGCGUCGACCUCAAUGUGCAAGGAAGUGUUCCCGGAGGACCCCUGGACCAGAUGGGUGACGGCGCUGGGGCGCUGCUGCGACGGCUGCCCCUGCAAGGAAUCAGCUUCUUUUCGAAUUGCUUCCCGGAGCUGCAUCGCAUCUGGUUCCUUCUCACCUGGGUGACGUCAUGGCUGGUGAUCCCUUACUUUACGCUCACCACGAAGCUCAUCCAGCCGGUUCUGUCCGAGAGACGCUCGAAGGCACUGCGUGAGAAAGCUGAUGUUCUGCAGCUUCUCCUGAACAAAGAAAGCACCGGGCAGCUUUUCAAGAACGACGCAAAUGGAUUCGAUGGAAAAACAAAGCUGGCCCUGACGAGGGAAGAAGUGAUCGCGAACUCGGCACUCUUUCUAAUUGCGGGGCUGGAAGCGACGCCGAACACUAUGGGCCUCACUCUGCACCUCGUCGCCUUGCACCCCGAGGUUCAAGACAGGCUACAGGCUGAGAUAUCCGACGUUCUUCAGAGAGAUGGCAAGUUUACGUAUAAGAACGUGAUGGAGAUGCCCUACAUGGACAUGGUUUUGAACGAGUCUAUGCGCUUCUACACUGGAGUGGCCGGAUUUGUCACACGGCGUGCCGCAAGAGACUUUGAGUUCAAGGGCACCACCAUUCCUGAAGGUCUCAGCGUCAUGGUGCCAGUCCCUUAUCUCCAUCACGAUCCGGAAGUCUGGCACGAACCGGAAAAAUUUGAUCCAGAAAGAUUCAGCCCAGAAAACAAGUCACACAUCCACCCGGUCAGCUUCCAGCCAUUUGGCAAAGGACCCCGAGAAUGCCUGGGGAAAAAGUUCGCUCUCGUCGAGAUGAAGCUGAUGCUGUCCAAACUCCUCGCCAAUUUUAGAGUGACCGUCGACGAACAGCAUCACAAGGAACCUAUCAAGCUAAGCUCGGCCUUCAUGAUAACAUUUGUCACUGGGGGCAUAUGGCUCAAGCUUGAAAAAAUUCAGCGGCACCCGCGCACAGAUUUGAAGAAAUAA